CCGUGAGUCACUCCAGAUGUGCUCAAAAACAGAGACUCUGUGUGGAAGCCCAGUCCCCAAUCCCAGGGAGAGUUGGAUUAAGAGAGGUGCCGACUGACUCCGUCCCACCCAGGAGGCAGUGGCGGGCCUCCACCCUGCGGAGGCGCGCAGAGGGCAUUUCUUCCCUCCUGGAAAGGGAAGGGAGGCAAGGAUUCUACCUGCGUCUCCCUGGGAGGAACUCUAGGUCCACCUGUAGCCACUGGGAUCCCACCUGGGCUGGGGGUCCAUUCUCCACCUUUUGGGAGGAAACGAUGGAUUGGAAGGCGCUGGUGCUCCUGCUGCUCUAUUCCCACGCUCAGGCUACGGCGUCCCACAGGUGGAGCAGGGCAAAGUUCUUCCCUGCUGCUCAUCGGCCAAAGAAGUCGUCAUCCAUGCCGUUGAACCCAGUCCUGCAGACCUCCCUGGAGGAAGUGGAGCUGCUCUACCAGUUCCUGCUGGCCGAACUUGAGAUCAGCCCUGACCUGGACAUCUCCAUCAGGGACGAGGAGCUGGCCUCCUGGAGGAAAGCCUUGAAAUUCCACACCGUCUGCAAUGAUGUGAUCCCCAAACGUAUCCCAGACAUCCGCCGGCUGAGUGCCAGCCUGACCAGCUAUCCUGGCAUCCUCAAAAAAGAAGACUUUGAAAGGACACUGCUGACCCUCGCCUACACAGCCUACCGCACGGCCCUGUCCCAAGGGUAUCAGAAGGACAUCUGGGCCCAGUCCCUCCUUAGCCUCUUCCAGGCCCUGAGGCAUGACUUGAUGCGAUCCUCAGGCCCUGGAGUGUCUCCCUGAGAGGCUGGCCCAUAUCAGGGCUUCGAAACAGGGACCAGCACACACAGUAAUCCAGAAAGUUCACUCUCUACUCCAUGUACCAUCAACAGAGAGUGGCAGAGAUAGAAUAAGAGUAACUGCAUGCUCUUCUGCUCUUGGUGCUUCCUGACACACACCCCUGAUUGGUGUCAUAAUGUGACCUGGGCAGAGAGAAAGGACUAAAGGGGCAUUCAAGAUACCUCCAGAUGCAGGAGGUGAUGCACAGAAGUCCAAGAUGUGCUUUGACCAGAGAAGUUGCCACACACACACACACACACACACACACACACACCCUUGAGUGAGGAUAGAGUAGAGAAGACAUCAUAGUUGUAGGCAUGGCUUGAAGACAGGAAACAGAUUCCUUUGGUGCUAAGGGACCAGGGUGCUAGAGGAAGGGGGUAGGGGAAAGGGACCUGUUUCCUAAGGUUCUACAGUAAAUGUCAAAGAGGUAGAUCCAUACCCUAAUAAAUAUGUGGUCAGUCCAGGAUGUACUGGACUCUUCCAAAAGCCAUCAAGAAGAAUCAGCUGGAAAAUCAGUCAUUGUAAGACUUCUAUGUGUCUUGACUCACUUUUGCUGAAGGUCAGUCUACUACAGAGGAGACACAGGAAGGGGGCUCUGAGAAAUGGGGCCAUUCCAUUCAUAUCCUGUCUUUUGAACAAAGAGACUAAGCUAAUGCAAAGAGGUCCUCCGAAUGUCAGAGAUGGCACCAACACCCAGGCCUAUCUGGAAUUGCUAAGCCUCAUCCAAUAAUUAACUGCUGCAAAUAAAAGUGAUUUUCAGUUGGCAGAAUUUUA